AUGGUGUCAGAAACAAGUGACACAUCCAAUGCUACGGCCUCCUCUGCAGCAGCAUCAACACCAGCUAAUGCAGCUAGUUCCAACACUUUGACAUCUAACGGUUUUGCUUCAAGCCCAACUUCUAUUACACCAAUUGUAGCUACUGAUCAGCAACAGAUGGUUUCUGGAUUAUUGGGGACCUCUGUUUCCCAUUCUGUAGUCACUUCAAGUACCACAGGAGUUGAACCAAGCACUGCUGUAACUGUGAGCACUGCACCUACAACAGUUGCAGGAAGCUCAGGAGUAGCAGCCAGCUCACUUGAUUCAAAAAUUCCAUCCAUUGUUGAAAAUCAAGCAACUCAUGAUUCUACUUCCUCUGUAAAUGGAGCACCUCUUCAAGAUAUGGAGGAAGCCAAAAGAGGACUUCCUGUGGUUGGACCAACUAAUGUGACUCCUUCAGCGGAGAAGACCAAUGAUGGUGAAACUUUUGUAUAUGCAAAUAAGCAGGUAAGGAUUCUUUAUGUCAUGUAUAAUCUCCUCUAUUAAAAAAAUUGACAAUGACUUGUGGAAAAUAAUAUUCGGAAUUAUUAUGUCAAUU